GCACGGAUAAUACUUAUAAUCACAAACUGAUAACGAGAACAUCAUAUGGAAAUUAAAUGAAAUCAGAUGAAAAUGUUAAAUUCUUAUCGUUGGCCCUUGCACUGUUGCAGUUGCCACUUGCCAGUUUGCAGUUUGCACUUCACGUCAUUACUUGUGUAUUUUCGAAAAUUGUGUUCAGCGGAUUAAAUAUUAGGGAAGACUAGAUAUAUUAGAGUCUAAACUACACACAUUACACGACAAUAUUGUGGAACGAUUGCUAUCUACCUACUCGAACGUCAUUGUUGUCAGAUGUUAAUCAAACGUUUGUAUUCAAUUUUUAAAAAUACAUUUUCUGACAUGGACAAUCUUAUUGCUGUUUGUCAAAUUACAUCGACUGCCAAUAAAGAAAAAAACUUUCAAGCGUGCAAGGCACUAAUUACUAAUGCUCAUAAAUGUGGAGCUAAAAUGAUUUUCUUGCCAGAGUCGUUUGAUUACAUUGAAGAAGAUAAAGCUAAAUCAUUAGAGAUGGCUGAAUCUCUAGAUGGAUCUCUUAUCAAUAAUUAUAAAUCAUUAGCUAAGUCGUUGGAUAUUUGGCUCUCUUUAGGUGGAUUUCAUGAAAAGUUUUCAGAAACUAAAUUAAGGAACACACAUUUGGUUAUCAACAAUAAAGGAGAAGUAGCUGAAACAUAUCAUAAAAUACAUUUAUAUGAUGUACAGAUACCUUCAAAAAAUAUCCAAGCCUUCGAAUCAAAUUUAGUUGAAUCUGGUACCGAAAUCUCACUACCAGUUAAAACUCCAAUUGGGAAUAUUGGUUUAGCAAUUUGUUAUGAUAUGAGAUUUUCUCAGAUGGCUAUAGCAUUAGCCGAGAAUGGAGCAGACAUUUUAACGUAUCCAUCAGCAUUUUUCUUCGGGACAGGUGCUUAUCAUUGGGAAAUAUUAUUGCGAGCCAGAGCCAUUGAAACUCAAUGUUAUGUAAUUGCUGCUGCACAAACCGGCAAUCAUAGCUCAGCUAGAAAAUCUUGGGGUCACUCACUGGUAGUUGAUCCACUAGGAACAGUAAUAGCACAAUGUUCUGAAGAACCCGGUUUUGUUUUGGCACCAAUUGAUUUAUCAUUAAUUAAAAGUAUUCGUCAGUCAAUGCCUUUGGAAUGCCAUAGACGAUACGAUAUUUACCCAAAAAUGAUUUCAAGUACCUUAUGUAGGACUAAGUCUAUUGAAGAUUUUAAUGAAUUUAAAUUUGGUUCAUCAAUAGUUAAAGGCUUACAAGUAUUUUACCAAACACAAUUAUCCUUAGCAUUUACCAAUAUUAAAUGUGUUUUACCUGGACAUGUUUUAGUUGCUCCUCUUAGAGCUGUGGAAAAAUUAACGGACUUAUCCAAUUACGAAGUUGAGGAUCUAUUCCUUGCAGUUCAAAAGGUUCAAAAAACCAUUGAACAAGUACACAACACUAAUUCAUCAUCUAUUGUUAUUCAAGACGGUCAACAUGCUGGACAAACGAUUAAACACGUUCAUGUUCAUAUUAUUCCAAGAAAGUCUGGAGAUUUUUUGGUGAAUGAUGAUAUAUACAGAAAAUUACAAAAUGAAAAAUACUGCAUUGAUCCAAGGAGAAGCGAUGAGGAGAUGGCACAAGAAGCUAAAUUAUUAAGAUCAUUAUUUUAAGUAACUUAGUUUUAAAAAUUAUUGCUAUUAGUUGUUUAAAUUAAAUUUUUGCCUUUUACCAAUAAUUAUAAUACAAAUAUAAACUAUAUCACUAUAAAUUAUUAUAA